GGCCGCCAUUCUGGGGUUCGUUUAGAGGUUGAAUUUUCUCGGAGAAAGACAGGCCGGCCAUCAGGAAAACAAACAAGCCUCAGCAACAUCUAAACCCUUGAAAGGAUCCUGAGAGAGGGGGGAAAGGGAAAACAGCAGCCACCAGCCCAACCACUUGUGUCUUCUGCCCCUCCCCACCUAUCUUGCCCACCCCACCAGCCCACGCUGCUUGGGACUUGAAAUCUGUGGCCGAAGGACCGUCACCACAUAACUUCAAAAAUAAUCAACCACCCUCCCUACCCAAACCCACCCAAUCUCACUCAUCCAGCAUUUCCUUUUUGGAGUCCACUCAGAAUUUUUUUCAACGACCCCCUCUCCCUAAUGGAGUUGGGUGGGGGGAAAAUGAAAACUGAGUUGGUCUUUACUUUUUUAAGAGACUUUUUGAUCCAAUGAGGCCCCACAAGUAACUGAGUUUGGGUCCUGGUUGGUUGUUUUAUUUUUUUUCCUCCAAAAUUUUACCCCUCCCCCCUGAGCCCGAGGUGCUGACGUCGCAAAAAAAUUGGAUAAAGCCACCAUCAUGGGUUCAGGACCCAUAGACCCCAAAGAACUUCUCAAGGGCCUAGAUAGCUUCCUUACUCGGGAUGGAGAAGUGAAGAGUGUGGAUGGAAUUGCCAAGAUCUUCAGUCUAAUGAAGGAGGCACGAAAGAUGGUGAGUCGAUGCACGUACUUGAAUAUUAUCCUGCAGACCCGGGCGCCGGAGGUGCUAGUCAAGUUUAUUGACGUCGGCGGCUACAAGCUUCUGAACAGUUGGUUAACGUAUUCAAAGACGACCAACAACAUUCCUCUCCUACAGCAGAUUCUGCUGACUCUGCAGCACCUCCCACUGACUGUGGACCACCUCAAGCAGAACAACACAGCGAAGCUAGUGAAGCAGCUCAGCAAGUCAAGCGAGGACGAAGAGCUCCGGAAAUUGGCAUCAGUCCUUGUCAGUGACUGGAUGGCUGUCAUCCGCUCCCAGAGUAGCACCCAGCCUGCAGAGAAAGAUAAGAAGAAAAGGAAGGAAGAGGGGAAAAGUCGAACCACGCUUCCUGAGCGGCCUUUGACUGAAGUGAAGGCUGAAACCCGGGCUGAGGAAGCCCCAGAGAAGAAGAAGGAGAAGCCCAAGUCACUUAGAACUACGGCACCCAGUCAUGCCAAGUUCCGUUCUACUGGACUGGAGCUGGACACCCCAUCUUUGGUGCCUGUGAAGAAGAACUCCAGCACUGUGGUUGUGUCAGACAAGUACAACCUGAAGCCCAUCCCCCUCAAGCGGCAGAGUGCCACAGCUGCUCCAGGCGAUGCUGCCCCGCCUGCAGAGAAGAAGUACAAGCCCCUCAACACAACCCCCAAUACCACCAAAGAAAUUAAAGUGAAGAUCAUCCCCCCACAGCCCAUGGAGGGCCUCGGUUUUCUGGAUGCUCUCAAUUCCGCCCCUGUCCCAGGCAUCAAAAUUAAGAAGAAGAAGAAGGUUCUAUCACCUACUGCUGCCAAGCCCAGCCCUUUUGAAGGGAAAACAAGCACUGAGCCAAGCACAGCCAAACCUUCCUCCCCAGAGCCUGCAGCCCCCGCUGAGCCCAUGGACACAGACCGUCCUGGCACCCCUGUCCCCGCUGUGGAAGUCCCGGAGCUCAUGGAUGCAGCCUCUUCGGAGCCAGGAGCUCUGGAUGCAAAGCCUGUGGAAAGCCCUGGAGAUCCCAACCAGCUGACUCGAAAGGGCAGAAAGAGAAAAACUGUGACGUGGCCUGAGGAGGGCAAGCUGAGGGAGUAUUUCUACUUCGAACUGGAUGAAACUGAGCGAGUGAAUGUGAACAAGAUCAAGGACUUUGGGGAGGCUGCUAAGCGUGAGAUACUGUCGGACCGACAUGCUUUUGAGACAGCCCGGCGACUAAGCCAUGACAAUAUGGAGGAGAAAGUGCCCUGGGUAUGUCCCAGGCCUCUGGUUCUGCCCUCACCUCUUGUCAUCCCUGGAAGCAACAGCCAGGAGCGAUACAUCCAGGCUGAGCGGGAGAAGGGCAUCCUUCAGGAGCUCUUCCUGAACAAGGAGAGUCCUCACGAGCCUGAUCCUGAGCCGUAUGAACCCAUUCCUCCCAAACUCAUCCCCUUGGAUGAGGAGUGCGCCAUGGAUGAGACUCCGUAUGUUGAGACCCUGGAGCCUGGAGGGUCUGGUGGCUCACCUGAUGGAGCAGGAGGCUCCAAGCUGCCUCCAGUUCUGGCCAAUCUUAUGGGGAGCAUGGGAGCAGGGAAGAGCCCCCAGGGCCCUGGAGGCGGUGGCAUCAAUGUUCAGGAGAUCCUCACUUCCAUAAUGGGCAGUCCAAACAACCACCCUUCAGAGGAGCUGCUGAAACAGCCAGACUACUCAGACAAGCUGAAGCAGAUGCUGGUGCCACAUGGGCUCCUAGGUCCUGGUCCUGUAGCCAAUGGCUUCCCACCAGGAGGCCCUGGGGGCCCCAAGGGUAUGCAGCAUUUCCCCCCUGGUCCUGGAGGGCCCAUGCCAGGUCCCCAUGGAGGCCCUGGUGGACCAGUGGGUCCACGUCUCCUGGGUCCCCCACCACCUUCUCGGGGAGGUGAUCCAUUCUGGGAUGGCCCAGGUGACCCCAUGCGAGGUGGCCCAAUGCGUGGGGGUCCAGGACCUGGUCCUGGACCAUACCACAGAGGCCGAGGGGGUCGUGGAGGAAAUGAACCGCCACCACCCCCUCCAUUCCGAGGAGCCAGAGGAGGUCGUUCUGGAGGAGGCCCCCCAAAUGGCCGAGGGGGUCCUGGUGGAGGUGGCAUGGUUGGAGGUGGUGGGCACCGCCCCCAUGAAGGCCCUGGAGGGAGCAUGGGCAGUGGACAUCGGUCUCAUGAGGGCCCUGGAGGGAGCAUGGGCAGUGGACAUCGGUCUCAUGAAGGCCCUGGACACGGGGGACCCCAUGGCCACCGGCCACAUGACGUCCCUAGCCAUCGAGGCCACGACCAUCGAGGGCCACCACCUCAUGAACACCGCGGUCAUGAUGGCCAUGGGGGAGGCGGCCACCGAGGGCAUGAUGGAGGCCACAGUCACGGAGGAGACAUGUCAAACCGCCCUGUCUGCCGACACUUCAUGAUGAAGGGCAACUGCCGCUAUGAGAACAACUGUGCCUUCUACCACCCAGGGGUCAACGGGCCCCCACUGCCCUAGGCCUGCCUGCCCUACCCGCACCCCUGUGGACUGCAGCUUUGCUCCUUCCACUUGGUUAUGGCUUCUGUGAGGCCCACUUUCCUUUUCCCCAGCUGAUGAGGAGCCGGCCCCCUCAGUUCCCACCUGGUUGGGUUUCUGGGGGUUUCUGAUUCCUGGUGUGCAUUGAUGUACAUAUUCCCUCCAGUCUGGAGCGGAGAGGAGAGAGACUGGACUGCUGAGACGGCUGGCUUCACUUUGUGAGGAGAUUUGCCCUGUGCCCCAAACCCCUUCCAGUAUUAGCCCCGAUGCCUGAGAACCUGAAGCCGGCCACCCUGGAGACCUCUGCUCUCCACAUGCACACGGAACUGAGUUGGUCAGCUGCACUUAGGAAACCGUCCAAGCUAAGCUCAUUAUCUUCACAGGGUGAGGGGGUGGUGAGGGGUACCAUAUAUCCCACUGCACUGAGGGCUCAAGCUGGCUGAAGCUGAGUUCUGGAACUACCCCCCACUUGUGCCCCACAUGGGCCAGUCACUGUUGAGUCCUUUCUCAAGAAGGACUGCAACUGUUACUUCCCAGGUCAUCGUGGGUCUGCUAGGUUCAGUGAUGGCACAUUCAUAUCUGUGUCCAGUGGAAGUUGUAUCUGGCAGAGGGGUGGCCUGUAGUGUUGGGCCACUCUUGCCUACAGCCAUUUUCGAGACUCCGUGAGGCCAGCUUUCAUUAACUUUAGCCGGGUAUACCGGGCCUGACGCACUACAUGCACUGCCUUUGGGAGUGGGCUGGCUCCUUACCCCGUAAGGAGCCCUGUCAGUGAGGCUUCCUGGGUAGACUCAGCAGGAGGGGCCCUUCCCAGUCCUCUCCUCCCCCUGUCUUGGCAUCAGUUGUUUUCUAUGAAAACAGUGGGUUGGUUUUGUGCAGGGUCUUGGGUUAGAACCAAUGGAUUUGAGGAGUUUUUUCUUUUGGUUUUGUAUAUUUUGUACAUUAAUAAUAAACAGUGGAAAGAGAAGCAGCUCAUUUAA